AUGAAACUUCUCAUCUUUAUCUUGUUUUGUAUACCAUGUUAUGCUCUUGCUUUUGAAGUAAAAACCGUCAUUGAUUCUCCUAUGUUAACCAAAAAGAUAGGAACUAAUCGAACGAUCAAAGUCGAUAUCAAUGGAAAUGGAGAGUUUAAAUCAGUGCAAGCUGCAAUUGAUUCAGUUCCAGAAGGAAAUUCUAAAUGGGUCAUCAUUCAUAUUAGAAAAGGAGUAUAUAGAGAAAAAGUGCAUAUUCCAAAGACUAAACGUUAUAUAUUCUUGAGAGGAAAUGGAAGAGGAAGAACUGCCAUUGUUUGGUCUCAAAGUUCUUCUGACAAUGUUGAGUCUGCCACCUUCAAAGCUGAAGCCCCUGAUUUCAUUGCCUUUGGAAUUAGCUUCAAGAAUGAAGCACCAACAGGAGUUGCCUAUACUUCCCAAAAUCAAUCUGUGGCAGCAUUUGUAGCAGCAGACAAAAUAGCAUUUUACCAUUGUGCAUUUUUUAGUACACAUAACACACUCUUUGAUUACAAAGGUAGACAUUAUUAUGAGUCAUGUUACAUUCAAGGUUCGAUUGAUUUCAUAUUUGGUCGCGGCAGAACAAUCUUCCAAAGUUGCGAGAUAUUCGUGGUUGAUGAUAAGAGGAUAACAAUCCGCGGAUCGAUAACAGCUGCGAACAAAGAAACUGAACGUGAAAUGAGUGGAUUUAUAUUUAUUAAAGGCAAAGUUUAUGGCAUUGGUGGAGUAUACUUAGGAAGGGCUAAAGGUCCUUAUUCUAGGGUUAUUUUUUCUCAUACAUAUCUCUCAAAAACGGUUGUCCCUGAAGGAUGGACAAAUUGGAGUUAUGAUGGUAGCACAGAAAAUCUUUACCAUGCUGAGCAUAAAUGCUAUGGACCUGGUGCUACAGAUGUCGGAAGAGCUCCUUGGUCAAGGCAGCUUACUGAUGAAGAAGCUGCUAAAUUUAUAUCUAUCAAUUAUAUUGAUGGAAAGAAUUGGUUGCCGGCGUAUCGAUAA